UCAAAGUCCUCACCAGCCACUUUUCUCCAGGCUGCUUCUUCCGUUUCUCCCUUGGGCCCCUUCCUUCGCUUCUUGCCUCUCGCUCAUUCUUCCAUCAUCAUCCAUCAUAUACUUGAAACGGCCGUUGCUGGGUAUCAGAAGAUGGGGUUUCCAAAAGAUGGGACGCAGGAGAUCUCCGUCGGUGAAGCUCUCGGAUGA